AUGUCUAGCUACUCCAGCGACGAAGAGUCGGUCAACUUCAGGUACGUCCGGCGCGAACGGUCACCGAUGCGCCGGGGGCCUCCUCCGCCUCCGCCUCCGCCAGGGCCACAUCAUGUCCAAACCGUUGUCAGGCCCGUGAGUCGCCAUCGCACCUCGGGCUACUACUACCAUCCCGAGAGCUCUCUCGCGCCGGAGCGGACCAUUAUAACGGCCCGUUCCCGGUCGCGGGAGAGACGGUCUCCGCCGGUCGGGCCUCCACCCGGCCCGCCGCCGCCCGGUGCGCCCCAGGUUGUCAUCAACCAGCCAUAUGUUGCGCCGCCGCCGAGGCGCGGCCGUGACCACGACUCGGACUACUCGUCGGACGACUCGUCCUAUGUCUCGUCACAUCACCACCGCCAUCGCAAAGGGCACCGGUCGCACAGCCACGUGCGCAGCCGGUCGUCCAGCACGCACAGCUACCUCGAGCGGGAAAUAGAAAGGAGCAAAGAACGCCUCAUGGCCAUGCAGCUCGCCAACCGUGAAAAGGAGGGAAAAGAUCUCGAGCUCGUACGCAUCCAGGCCGAGCUAGACCGGAUCCACCAUGAGGAUGAGCGCCGUAUUACCCACGACAAGUACAGGCAGGAGUUUGAGAACGAGCACCUCAAGCGCGAAGUGGAACGGUUCAAGUCUCGGGAGGAAAAGGAAAGGAUCGAAAGGCUGCGCGAAGAGCAAGCAGCGCUGCUCAGGGAGAGCGAAGAAUUGAAGCGCAUCAAACGCCGCGAAGAGGAGGCCCAGCACGAGAAGCGGAUUGAGAACGAAAACGAGCUCAAGCAUUUCAAGGAUGAGCAGGUACGCUGGCGGCGCGAGCAGGAGGAAAAGGAGCGAGAAAAGCAGAUCAAGUUGGAGGCCGAGCACCAGGCUGCCAUGGCUGAGCUGGAGAAGAUAAAAAACGAGAGAGUGAGGAAGGAAGAGGAAGAGCGCAUCAAGCGCGAGCUGGAGCUUAGAUUACUCGAGGAGGAAAAGAAGGCGGCGGAGGAGCGGGCGCGAAAGGAGAAAGAGGCCGAGGAGAUCAUUGCCCAGUUCAAGGCCAAAGAGGCCGAGCGCCUGCAGAAGGAGAAGGAGGCCCAGGAGGCGUUUGAGAAGGAGGUGCAGCGCCGCAUGCAAGAGGCCUUGAUUCAGUCUGGCGUCGACGAGAAGGACAUUGAGGCCAUCAUGAAGAAGGAGAAGAUCAAGAAAGAUAGAGAGGAGGCGGAAAGGCAGGCCGCAGCCCGGCCCGUCUACACUCGCAUGUCUCUUCGGCACCUCGCCAUCGAAACUCUUGAUCACUACAAGAUUGAGUGGGAGUGGGAUCAGACUCCGGGCUAUGUCCUUAUCAAGCGCGCGCUCUCUGAGCAGGAGCAAGACAUGCUCUGGGAGCAUACGCGCCGGAUCCGCAUCGUCGAACGGCGUCCCGGGGAGAAUGUGGUGCUCAAGAUCAAGGACCACAGGCACCGCCAUGGCUCGGACGACGAGAAGUUUGAGUUUGUCCGCAAAAAGCGAAGCCGCAGCAAGUCGCCCGGCUUGUUGAUGUACCUCGCUGGCGGUCGGCCGGCGUGA